UACUAUAAGCACCUGGCACCACACCUGGCUCAGUCCAUGCUUUUUUUGUGGCUUCAUAGCUCAUUUCUUUUUGUCACUGAAUUCAUCUAUUGAUGGCUCAGGCCACCCUGUGAGGCGGCUCUGCUGUCUUGGUUGGAUUCAGCUUGGGGCAAGUAUGAAUAAAACUGCUAAGCACAGUGUGUGCAGGUGUUUAUGUGAACCUGUGUCCGUGUCAUUUGGACCCAUCUUCACCUCAGUAGUGGUGCUAUUGCUUGGACAUAUGGUGGACUGUUCAGUUUCCUAAGAAACUGCCAGGAGGCCAUGCCUGUUUGCAUUCCCACCAGCAAUGGAUGAAUAAGAAUUCCUGUUACCCCGGUCCUCCCCCAGCUUCUACUGUCAGAGUUUGCUUUGUUUUUAGCCAUUCUAAUGGAUGCAUAGCAGUGCCUCAUUGUUUUGAUUUGCAAUUCCUUAAUGACAAUGCAGCACAUUUUCUUAUGCUUACUUGUCUGUCUGCUUUCCUUGUGAAGUGUGUGUGUUCAGCAAUUUUGCCCACUUUUUAGUUGGUCUUUGUUUUCUUCCUGUUGAGUCUCCUUUAAUUUUCAAAAUAAAAUUUAAACCUCUUUGUAUAAUAAAAACCCUUCCUAAGCCGGCCCGGCCGCUGUCAACCACUCUUUUCAAUCUGCCCAGUGACCCCUACUGCAGGCUACUCCUCCUCCAGCCCCAGUCAGCUCCUGGCCUCUGUGGGUCCAGUGUUGCCUUUUGCCUGGAAAGGCUUCUUCCAAGCAGGAUCUGUUGCUCCUUCCUUUUGGUCCGAGACCCCGGGAACGUGCUUUUCAGUGCACCUGCCGUGUCACAGUGUCAUGGUUUCUUCUCGGGUCUUUAGUUUUUCCAGAGAAAAGAGCCAGUCUUAGCCACCCACACAAGCCUUGGCUCCCACCUCCGAUGGGCAAGGUCGAGUUCAGCAGGAUUUAAAUGACAUAGGGAUAUUUGUGCUUGUCUGUGAGUUCUUAAUACCAGGUAUCUGUUUAGAAAAGUGAAACCCUCAUUCUGUCUCUACCGGAGAACGUCAGUUGGCCUCAGCCUGGGGAGCUGUCCUCAAACCCAAGCCUCUUCCUGAUCCUUGAGCUCUUGGUCAUGGCCACUCCUCCAGAUGACUCCAGUGCUGGAGUGAAACUGUGGUUUGAGAACCACGGGUUGUGCUGCAUGGUCUUGGCAUGGCUGACAUUGCUGUUGUGGUUUAAUACAGAAGAAAGACUUCGAGGUGGCUCUGCUGGACGAGACAUUGCAGUUAGAGCCUUUAAAAUGUUGCUGGGAGAAAUAAGAGCAAUACUAGUUAGAAAAAGAAUCCCCAGAAGUUGUUGAAGUCUAAAAUUCUACCCAUGGGACCAAAUGGGAGAUGGAUUUCUGCAAUUAUUGAGAAAUAAAUAAAAAUGUGGUUCCUGCAAAAUGAACUACCAUUAUACUCAAUCUUGAGAGAUUUUGAGAAUCACCAACACUCUGAGCCAAAUUAGAGUUCUUUAUUGCUGGCAGUCGAGAGCAGCUAGCGCUUGAAACCUCUCGACGCUGAAAAGCAGCUUGCAGGGAAACCAGAUGGACUGCCUAGCAACAGCAUCCUCCUCUCCCCCCACCUUCUGCAUACCUGGGGCCUGUGGUUGCCCUUUAGUGACCUACCUGAAAAGUCGGCAUAGCACCGUGGGUAGGAGGGAGGCCUGAGAGGAGCACCAGACCCUGAACCCUAGCUGUGCUGCCUAGGCCCAGAAUAGCAGCUGUCUGUACCACACUUCCAUUGUCUGUGCAACCUAGAGAUGAUUUGAAGUACGAGGAAGGGAUCUAAGGGAGCGGGUGCUUAGGUGAUAUGAAACACCUGUGUGUGAUCCAGUGACUUGCAAAGCCACGGCUUUUGGGGAUCCUGACCUCAUCCCCAUGGAUACAGAGGAUGUCUGCACCCUGGAAACUAAAGCUGCUUCCUUCUUCAAAAGGGAGAGAGGGAACAAGAAAGAGAAGACAUAGAUGCUGCCAGCCAGGGAAAAUACCGAGGGAAGGACAGAAAUAUUUAGAGGCAUUGUAUGAAUUUUCCCUAUAUGGUGUACAAUGUCAUUCAUCCUCCAUGCACACUUCUGUAUUUUUCCCAACACAAAACACAGCCCCAGUGCAAUGCCACGUGCUCGUCCGUGUUGCACCUGAAACCAUCUUCCACGCCAGGAGCAUGUGGGCCGCGGAGCCUGCCUUGGACGAUCUCUCACUUUGGGACAUGAUGCCCUCAUCCGGCUGCCCGGGCCACCACCUCCGAGUCUGGCACCCUCGCCUCCACCUCACCCCAUCCAGCCCACUCUCGCCCUUCAGUGUGCGCCCGGCUUCCAGCAGCCAACAUCAGCUCACUGCCACCUCCUCCUCCACCCUGGCAAAGGAAGCCGGCCUUCCCCACCUCCGUCACCCUGCCAGUCCCAAGGCCCUCAUGGUCAGCUCUCCCUCACUGUAACAAAGCCCCGGAGGUAAUCAACUUCGGGAGAGGAAAGGUUUGCCUUGACUCAGCUGCCAGGCUCCAGUCCAUCAUGGCUCCGCCCCGUGGCUUUGGACCUGGGACCAGGCCACACGUCAUGGCCAGAGCACGUGGUAGAGGACAGCUGCUCACCUGGUGGCCAGGAAGCGGGACAGAACGGGGAGGGGCCAGGCCCCGCAGUCCCCUCCAUGGGGACAGUCCCAGGGAGCGGAGGACUUCCCACCCACCGGGCCCCACCUCUCAGAAACCCCAGCCUCCCACGGGUGCCACCUUGGGGACCACGCCUUUCACAGCAGGCUUUGGGGACAGCAGCAUCCACACCAUCGCAGAGUACACUUCACAGCAGUGUUGUCUGUUUUGUGUCACCAGCCAGACUAUAAACUCCUUUUCUGCGAAGGAGGACUCUGUACAGAGUGCCCAUGAGUGUUUGCUGAUUUAACGCAGAACCGGCUGUUGUGACAGGAAGGGAUUCUAUGUGGAGGCUGUCUGCAGGCUUGGCCACCACUGAUGGGCCACACACUGGUGACCAAAACCAUGCAGCGCUUCACAGCCUUGGCAGACUGUUUUCAUGUCACCUGGCUGUUUAUGUACCAGAGCCCGGCCUCCCAGAUACAACUGUAUUCCCAUUUCACCCUGAAGGAAUCCAUUUAUACGGGUGAGUGUAACUCAGGAUGCUUUAGAGGGACCCUGAUCAUGUCAGCACUUGGACAACGCCGGGAGCAUGCCUGGGGUUCCAGCUGGGGAGCCAAACUGCCUUAAAAACUCAGCAGUGCAGCACCUCUCUGGCAAGUACAAGGCCCUGAGUUCAAUUCCUGGCACCACAAAAAAAAAACUGCCUGGUUUUAAGACUAAAACUCAUGCGUCCCGGGAAAACCAGAAAAACUUGUGACUCUAUCUCACCCAGAAAGUUUCAGAUAAGACAUAAGAUCCCAGCACUCUGGGAGGCUGAGGCAGGAGCCUCAAGUUCAAGCCCAGCCUGGGCAAUUUAGACACUUAGUGAGACCCUGUCUCAAAAUAAAAAAUAAAAACAGGCUGGGGAUGGAGCUCAGUGCGAAGGCCCUGGAUUCAGUCCCCAGCACCAGCAAAAAAGAAAAAAGACCUAAGACCCACGAUGCAAUCAGAUCCCCAACCACCCAACAGUACUUACGGGCUGAGAGGCGGCUGGAGUGGGGCAGGUUCGCAUCCGGACACAUUCAGUCAGACGGUGACAGUCUCUCCGCACUGUGCCAAACAAACAUGGGGGCAGGACGGCACCGGCAGCGUUCCGAGCGGGAGCCGACUCCUGGAGUGCAGGCGCACACGCAGGACCCAGAGCGCUGACCCGCUCACCAGGCCUCGUGCUCCUGGCCUGCUCUGACACCAUCGCAAGGGUCCGGGCCACCUUCUUUUUUUUUUGGUAGCGGGGAUUGAACUCAGGACCUUGCGCUUGUGAGGCAGCUCAGUGCCACUGAGCUAAAUCCCCAGCCCUAGGCCACCUUCUUGGCAUCUGUUUUCAAACCCUAGAAGUCUUGACUUGGUCAUUUUGGUAAAGUAGUGGAAAUACUUUCACAAAGGUGGUGUGUCUGUGUGCCUCCGUGUGUCUGCGUGCACCUUGUAAGGAGGAAGCCAUCGCCUGCGUGGCGUUGUCCGCCCAUCUGGGUAGAGUCGGUAGCGUUCAUUCAGGCCAUUGGGUAAUGGUGUGAAGCAAUCCUGUAUCGCAUUUUGAAAGAGGCAUUUAAGAAGAAGCCACCAGAGCGAUGAUUCAGACACUUCCCCGGCGAUCAGGCCAGGUGGAGGACACAUCGGCCUCACAGCAGAGGGAAGGACAGUGCUCCCCAGCCUUGGCUGUUCCCGGGCCUGAGUGACAGCCCUCAAGCCCCAGGCCUCGGCCAGCCCACGAGGUGCCAACUUGCUGCGGGUCGCCUGGAUCCGGUAGGACACCUUGCAGGGCCGGCUGUCCCAGAUCUUGGGUUAUUCCUAGCAUCUCCUAGGUUUGCCCUGGCUCUGCCUGUUUAUUCUGUGGCACCUUGCCCACCUGGAACUCUGCCGCCAUCUGGGCUCAGGGCUGCUUAGGGCUCUGGACGCAGCCGUGCCUCAUGUCACAGGUGCCAGCCGAGAUGGGCCCGGCCCUCUGGGGAUGCCUGCUCCUGUGGCGUUUCCUCAUCUCAGCCACCCAGGCCGCCUACCCGGGGAUCAAGGCCAGGGUCACUCAGCGGGCACUGGACUACGGUGUUCGAGCUGGGAUGGAGAUGAUGGAGCAAAUGGUAAAAGAAAAGCACAUCUCAGAUUUAAAAGGCUCUGAAACUCUUGAAUUUCUGAAGAUUGAUUAUGUGAACUACAAUUUUUCAAACAUAAAAAUCAACGCCUUUUCAUUUCCAAAUACUUCAUUAGCCUUCGUGCCCGGGGUGGGCAUCAGAGUGCUGACCAACCACGGCACCGCCAACAUCAGCACCAACUGGGAAGUCCGGGCCACACUUUUCCACGAUGCUGGUGGAGCUGACCUCUUCCUCUCUGGAGUCUACUUCACGGGUGUCAUCAUCCUGACCCAAAAUGCCUUGGGCCACCCAGCCCUGAAGCUCCAGGACUGCUAUGCCCAAGUGAGCCAUGCCCACGUGUCUUUUGUCGGGGACCUGAGCACCCUGUAUAACACCUUUGCUGAGCCCAUGGAGAAGCCCAUCCUAAGGAAUUUAAAUGCCAUGCUCUGCCCCAUUAUCUCGGAGGAAGCAGAAGUGCUGAAUGCCAACCUCAGCUCCCUGGAGGUUUUAACCAAGAUCGACAACUUUACGCUGCUGGAUUACUCCUUAAUCAGCCCUCCAGAAAUUACUGAGCACUACCUCGACCUGAAUUUGAAGGGCGUGUUCUACCCGCUGGAAGACCUCACUGACCCCCUCUUCUCUCCUGAGCCUUUUGAGCUCCCAGAGCGCUCUGACUCCAUGCUCUACAUCGGCAUCUCUGAGCACUUCUUCAGGUCGGCGUCCUUUGCUCAUUUCACCGCUGGUGCAUUCAGUGUCACGCUGUCCACCAAGGAGAUUUCCAACCAUUUAAUUCAGAACUCUCAAGUGAUUGGCAACGUACUCUCCCGGAUUAUGGAUCUCUACAUCCUGUUCCAGCCCCUCAUGCUGCGGAUCAUGGCCACGGAGCCGCCGGUGGUCCGCCUGCAGCCGGGCAACUUCAGCCUGGACAUCCCUGCCUCCGCCGUCCUGUUCACGCAGCCCCAGAACGCCACUGAGAUGGAGCCCAUCGUCUCCAUGGACUUUGUCGCCAGCACCAGCGUCGGCCUGGCUAUCCUGGGACAAAGGCUGAUCUGCUCCCUGUCUCUGAACAGAUUCCGCCUGUCCCUGCCGGAGUCCAAUCACAGCGACAUUAAGGUCUUGAGGUUCGAGAAUAUUCUGUCCUCCAUCCUGCACUUCGCAGUCCUCCCCCUGGCCAACACCAAACUGCAGCAAGGAUUUCCCCUGCCCCGGCCAUACAACGUCUCAUUGGUCAAUUCAGAUAUUGAAGUUUUUGAGGGUUUUGUUUUGAUUUCCACUGACCUGAAGUAUGAAAUGUCCUCGAGACAGCAGCCAAGUUUCCAUUUCCAUGGCUGGGAAGAUCUGAACAUGAUAAGAGGACAAAGGAUGGGGCAGCCAGCCCCUUGAUGUCUGUUCACAUCCACCCCAUGAAGUACCUGGCCCUUAUCCCACAGCACCCAGAGGGGAAGAACACAGUGGAAUUUGAAAGCCCUUCUGAAAAUCGGAGGCAGAAACUCUGCCCUCUGGAGCCUCUAGGAAGUGCAAUGAGGCCACCUGGGUUAAAGGGCUGAACAGGGUCUGUGUGCUGUGUGCAGAGGGACACUCGUUGCACUGUGAGGUGCAGAUGCAGUGUGUCUGGGGUCAAGAACAAGACGUGUAUUUCUGACUAGUUGGGUAAAAACUCUUAAGUCUGUAUUUAUUUCAGUUCCCUCCUUUAGCAUUUUUUCUCUACCCUGCAUACUGGAUUUUACAUUUUAUAUUCGCUGAUACAGUCCCGUAUGUCUGAUUAAAACCAUUUUCUAUCAACAUCA